AUGAUGACCGAGAAGGUGCCCAAUGACAUCAAGAAGGAGUUGCCCAUGGGCUUCACCUUCAGCUUCCCCUGCGACCUCAAGAGCAUCGACUCCGGCGUGCUCAUCAAGUGGACCAAGGGCUUCUCCACCGAGGGCGUGGUGGGCAAAGAUGUCGCACAGCUGCUGCGGGAGUCGUUCAGGAAGGUGGGCAUCAAGAUGAACGUGGAGGCAGUCUGCAACGACACCGUCGGCACCCUCAUCGCGCGCUAUUUUGUUGAUGAGAAUGCGCAGGUUGGUGUAAUCGUCGGUACAGGGUCUAACGCAUGUUACUUCGAACGCAGCGCGGCUGUCACCAAGAAUCCCGCCGUGGCCGCGCAUGGCGACCGCAUGACAGCCAUUAACAUGGAGUGCGGCAACUUCGACUCCAAGUACAGGUACGUUCUUCCCAUCACCCGGUACGACGAGAUGAUCGACGAAAAGUCGAUAAACCCGAACAACCAGCUUCAGGAAAAGAUUGUUUCUGGCAUGUACCUUGGCGAGAUCGCGCGCUACAUGAUAGUGCAGCUGUCUGAGAUUGGAUGCCUAACUCCCGAUCUGGCCAAGGCGAUGUCGAAGCGGAUGUCCUUUGAGACCAAGUACAUGGGCAUGAUCACAGCCGAUCAAGGACCGGGUCUGCAGUUUACGCGCAGGUUGAUGAAGAAGGCGACCGGUGUGGAUAUUACUGAUAUAUCGGAUCUGAAGGUGGUUCGCGAUGUCUGCCGUCUCGUUCGCAAUCGCUCCGCCCAGCAGGCUGCUAUGCUCACCAGCGCCCCAUUGCUUAAGACGCGCGUGCAAGGCCUUGCGACGGUUGCCGUGGAUGGCUCCGUUUACGAGAAGAUGCCAUCCUUCCAGCGCCUGUACCAGGACAACGUGAAUGCUAUUCUGGGCCGGGAAGCUAAGUCAACGUUGGUGCUGCAGAAGGACGGAAGCGGUAUGGGCGCGACAAUGAUUACUGCCCUCGCCGUCUCCAUGAAGUAA